AUGCAAUCUAUAAAUCCUGGUGUUGUUUACCUCAGUACACGUACGUGCAGGUCUCAUUCACCCCCCCCCGAAGCAUGCAGCAAUGGUUCGGACCAUGUGUGUUCUGUAUUACGACUCUCCGGGAAACUGAAUCAACGCGACUUGGUUCCGCUAUCGCCGGAGGCCUUCCUGUGCCUUCCUGUACUGUCACCGAGGUCCCGCGGCGCCGGUGGGAGAAAGAGGCCGCCCUCGCCGUUUGUUGUCCUCGCUGCAGGUGGGAGGCGGGUGUCCUCUCGAAAGCCUACGGCUCCUGUGACCCCUCUUACCAGCGCCAUGGCAGUCCCAGGUUGCAACAAGGAUAGUGUCCGAGCCGGCUGUAAAAAAUGUGGCUAUCCUGGUCACCUGACAUUUGAAUGCCGUAAUUUUCUCCGAGUGGACCCCAAAAGGGAUAUAGUUUUGGAUGUGAGCAGCACAAGCAGUGAAGAGAGUGAUGAAGAGAAUGAAGAACUGAAUAAAUUGCAGGCAUUACAAGAAAAAAGAGUAAAUGAAGAAGAGGAAAAGAAAAAAGCAAAAAGCAAAGAGAAAAUCAAGUUGAAAAAAAAAAGGAAAAGGUCUUACUCAUCCAGUUCCACUGAAGAGGACACUUCAAAACAAAAGAAACAAAAAUAUCAGAAGAAAGAAAAGAAAAAAGAAAAAAAGAAUAAGUCAAAAAGGGGGAAACAUCACAAAAAGGAAAAAAAGAAGAGAAAAAAGGAAAAGCAUUCUUCCACCCCUAAUUCUUCUGAGAUCUCCAAAAAGUAACUGAAUCUUCAGCCUAAGCCAUUAAAUUUUAAAAUUUGGUUUUGAAAGUUAUCUGACCUUCCUUGGAAUUUGCUAUAUAAUUAUGCUUUGCAAUAAAUCACGGCCUUUUCCAUAUAGACUUUUUUUUCAUAUAUGGGACCAUUGUCAUCUGGCAAUACAUUUUUAAUGUGCUGACUCUAUAAAGUAUUGUAUCAGUCUUAUUACUUGGUAGCCAUGCCCCAAGUAUAGUUAUUUGUACAUACAAAACACAUUAUUUUUGGUAUUCAUGACUCUUUGUCUGACUAGUGUUAUUACUUCAUAAGUUGAUUGUAAAUGGCUUUACUACAGUCAACACAGGUAUUCUACCUAGCACUUAAUGAGUGUUUGCUGAAUCAAGGGUCCACCUUCCAGUGAUAAAGUGAGGUAGGGGAUAAUGCUUUGCUCUUGACUCUGAAAAAUUAAUAGCUUUAUAUCCUAUGAUAAUAUAUAAAGGUAGUGAAAUUUUUCACUGUUGUUUUUAAAUCUCAAACCUUUUUUGGAAGUCAUAGGAGAUGAAGCUGCUUUAUUGGUUUUAACUAGGACAUAUGAAAUGAAUGGUGUUGGCAGGAAGAUGAUAAUGAAAAUACUUAUAAGGAAUUUUUACUGUUACAUGAAACACAGAGUGUCUAGUACCUGCCUCCCCUGUUAUUGUAACAAUUACAAUUUUCUUCCUUGUUUAAAAAGACAAGAGUAGCUCAACCUCAUAGAGAUGAUGCUGUGUUGGGUAGAAUUUUUAGGAUAGACUCCUGGGUUGUUUUACAAAUGUGCCAUAUUGGCAUCUCUUCAAGUGAUACCUCAAACACAGAACUUUUUAAUUAGGAGAAUGACAGCUAAAUCAUCGUUAGAGCUGAUUUUUAUUGUAUUCUGUAUGUAAAUUUUAUGAAGCUUGUUUCUAUGAGUAAUGUGGAAAAUUUUUAUAAAUGUGAACAUAUAUAUUUAUUUGUCUAAAAUAAUUUGUAGUUUUGAAGCAGGUUUCACACUGAAUUUAUGGUUUCAAAAAUGACCAGUUUGGGGUGUUUCUCUCUUUUACUUCAGUCAUAGACCUUAAGAGCAGUCACAAAAAUUUAGGAUUAAGAAUUUUAUUCUGUACUUUUUAAAAUAUAAGAGCCAGGGAGUUGCAUCAUGAAAGCCUUUAUAUAACAAUGGAAAUUUUAUAUUGGUAAGCAUUUUCAAACAUAUAUUAGUAGAUAGAAGUGUUUCUUACAUUUUUAAUUUCACAAUGAUCAGUGAAUCAGUGAAACUUACUUUGCUUAGUUUUUAGAUAGGCCUGACACCCACUGAGUUAAACACUUACUAUUAUAGCAGCAUCAGACAUCACUCAGUUAUCAUGGCUUGGCACCAAAGACUGCAUGUACCUCACUGUGGUGCAGUUAGAAAUUUUCAAGUCACUGACCUACAGACUUGGCUACAGGUGAAAUCAUUUUGGUGAAAUCAGGUAAGUACACGUAACCUCACAAGCUGGAAAGGUGUACUGAUUCUUUGUUCAUCCAGCUCCCCUCGCUGGCAUGACCUCAGUCAGAAGGGGGCGUGGAGGGCAGCUUCCUAACUCCUCAUACCUGUGCUUACCUUAUUCCCAUUCUAGGGAAGCUAUGUCCACAUCCCUACUCUAGCGUUAUAGCUGAGGAAGUUUUCACACUUCUAGCUUUUCCAUAAUCUAAUUUAGUCAGAUGGCCUCCUCAAAAAGAAACCCUUUUUUUUUUUAAGUAGUUCUAUCAGUUGUGGAAGAGAAACAGAGUUAUUAGGUUUUUAAGGGAUUGUUUGGCCUUUGCUGUAUUUUACAUAUUUUUUAAACUGCAUUUUAUGAAAAUACAGUUCUUUGGUUAUUAUGAUGAAAAAAUAAAGAAAAAUUUUAAAAAUGAUUGAAAAAUGUUACAUGCACAAGGAUGACCUCAUCCUAUUAAGUGUAUAACAUGGUUUAAUAUGCUAAUAAUUAUAGUGAAACAAAGUUAAUUCAGGUAUUGGUGACUUUUAUUUCUGUUUAUUGUAGAGAUUAUAAAUAGGCUCAUUAGAUUUGUUUUCUGAAUGGGGACACAAUUAAUAAUGGUCUAGAAGGGUUAUGUAAAAUUCAGCACUCAUUAACUAAUACAGGGUGCAAAUUAAAAAAAUUUAAUGCUCAGUAAUUUUUUCCACUAGAUAAUAUUCUUGGAAUUAUUCUUAAGUAAAUUCCCCAUAGUAUGAGAAUAGUUUAUGAAAUCUCUCAUCUGAAUAAAAUUCAUUUCUUUUCACUAAUUUUCUUCUAAAGUAAUUUUGUUGUUGGGAUUGGAUACAGAUCUCACUCAUAAAUUUUAGAAGAUUAGUGAAAUUUUCCCUGAGGCAGUAUGUAGCAGAAGGAAAACUGAAUCUAACAGAAAAAUCCAAAAAGUCCUGGCCUUUCUAACCACCUGUCUGACUUUCAACUAAAUCAUUUAGCUUCUCUGGGCCUUGGUGUCUUUCAUCUAUAACAUAUUAUACCCAUUUAUCUCUGAGACCUUUUCCCCUCCUUAAUGUAUAUGCUUAUCAAUAUUUUAGUACAAUUCAAGUAAUAUUCAUUUUAGAAAUUAUUAUAGGUAAGAAGGUAGCAUUCUGUAAUGGUAAAGGUUGAAUUUACUAAAAUAACUGUUAAUUAAACACAUUCAACUUCUUUAAGCAGUUAAUUGAUAUUUGGUUUACAUUCUUACCAACCAAUGUGUGUCAUUUUCACUAGAUGCAUAUGGAAUUUAUGUUUAGCUUUGUAUCUGUAACCUGAUUAUCUGAAUACUCUGAGGCUGUUGCUUUUAGCUAAUGGAUCUACUCCCCACACAAUUCCCUCUUUCUUUUCUCAAUUAUCAUCUGUUGGCUAAAAUCUAUCCGAGGUAUCCCCAGUUGUUCACCCUUCAUACGUAUCUGUUUACAUCUUUGGUUCUCGGAGGCCAAAACAUCAAUAAAUAAGGAGUAAAACAA